UCUACAGCGAGAUCUUUCGACAGCGAUUUAAAAUGGAUUGCGGCCAUGACUUGAAAGCCCUCAUGCUAAUCCUCACAAAUCGCAAGCAACCGGGGAAGAACAAACCAAAGACAGCAAAGCAUGACGUCUAUUACAGCAUCGGCAUCAGCGCUAAUUCGUAAGCUGAGUGGAUCUCCCACUACUUCUUCGUUUUCUUCGCAGACUCCUGGCAAAACUUCUGCGCCGGUACGAAGUGAGCAACAGGAGAUGAACACCAAAGUGGACCUUGUCAAGUUGCUUUCCGUUGACGAUAACGAUGGCCCCAAGAAAUCGCCCAAGAAGAACUCGAAAGCGUCAAUCCGAUCAGAUCUGGCCAAGGUACUAUCUGCGGACUUUGUAUAUGAUCCAUUGUACACUCCCAUUAUCAAGUCUCAGGAUGAGCUUGCGAUUAUGCGAGAAACUAUUCAGAACGCACAAGAUGCACACACUUUGAUAACUGCUGAGAACGAGAAACGAAAGAACAAGACAAAUGGACACGGACGCAACAGAUCGAAGAAAAGCGCCACCCAAAAGAAAACUUCCAGACGCAACGAAUCGAAACAGGUCAGCUCCAAGGCCGCAUAGUCAGUGCUUUUGCUGCUAUGAUUAGUUAACCUGAGAGUGGGCUCAUGUGUUGUCCUUAUUGCCGGGCCUGAUGCCUGCGAAUAAAAGAAAACUCAGAGAUACAGUAAACAAAACGAUAGAUUGCAUGUUUAGACAAGAGUUGAGCCCU